UCAGGAAAAAUAAAUAGUAAAACAAAGUCAUAGAGAUAGAAAGGUUGGUAUAGCCUUUGAACCAAAAAAAAGAGGUUGGUAUAGCCACCAACACCCUGAUGAUUAUCUGGUCUUUAACAUGGAGCAGGGUUUCUAAUUUCUGAAACAAAUAUAUAUAAUCCGAAAUUAAAUUCACAAUUGAUUCUGCUAAUAGGAAAAAGGAAAAUGUUGCAAAAGAGAGAUAGAAAGCAAUUUUCUUUCUCUUGGUAAUAGAAAACAAGUGCCAAAUUUGAUAUAAUUAGUUCAAAUUUAUUGGAAGGAAGAAAAUAUGGGAUUGGUGGAAGAUGUGACAUUGAUUGGAGGGUUAAUAGCAGUUCAAUUUAUAUAUGCAGGAAAUGCUGAGUUAAUGAGUUAUUCAAUGUCAUUAGGAAUUAGCCCUCUUACCAUUGUCAUUUUUACUUCCAUUGCUACAUUCCUUAUUCUCUUCCCUGCUGCUUUUUUUUUUGAAAGGAGUAAAUGGCCCAAGAAUUGUAGUUUAAAGUUUAUGAUGCAGAUAUGUUUUCUUUCAUUUGGAGGAUUAGCUUUCCAGUCUUUAUUCCUCAAAGGAAUUAGUUUAACUUCGGCAGCAAUGGGAACAGCUAUGCCAAAUCUUGCCCCAGGUUUUAUCUUCAUCAUCGCAUGGAUUGUUGGGUUAGAGAAAGUUAACUUAAGAAACAAGUAUAGUAGAUUAAAAAUCUUAGGAACAUUAUUAUGUGUAUUGGGAGCUUUCACAAUGAGCAUAAUGCAAAGCAUUUCGGCUCCUGCAACCGAAAAUGAGGCUACACUUCCAUCGUCAUCAACACCAUCGGAUCUUCUCUUUGACGUGCAAAAGAUCAUCGGUUGCCUCUAUCUAAUGAUUUCAGUUUUAAUAUUGUCAAGCAGUGUUGUCCUGCAGGCUUUUGCUCUUGGUGACUUUCCUGCACCAAUGUCCUUGAGUGCAAUGACGUCAUUGGUUGGAGGAUUCAUGACUGCAGUUGUUCAAGUAUUUGAAGGCGAAGAACUUAAAACUGGUUUGCAACUUGUGAGCUUUGGAGACUUGAUAGGCUUUUCCAUUCUGGCUGGUGGAGUGAGUGGAAUAUCCCUAAGCUUCAAUGGAUGGGCACUUAAGAAGAGAGGACCAGUCUUUGUCUCCAUGUUUAGCCCAAUUGGAACAGUAUGCUCAGUUAUUUUCUCUGUAUUUAAUCUUGGAAACACUAUUAAUAUUGGAAGCAUUGCUGGUAUGUUCCUUAUGUUCAGUGGACUCUACAUAGUUCUUUGGGCCAAAGGGAAAGAAGGAUAUGCAGAUGGAGAUUUCAUUGACUGUGAGUUUGAUGCAGCCAAGCCUCUCUUAUGUUAAUGUGGUUUUCAAAUGUAAUUAUCAACACUAUUAUUAUGUCAUGGUUGCACAAGUAAUACAUUAAAAAAUAAAAAUGAAGCAUUGCCACAAUAACCAUUCAGACACAACAUUGACCGUGACACCUUUAACAAUAUGAGAAAAUAAAUUAACCGAAUGUAAUCACAUUGUCAAUGUUGUGUAUGUGUCAGACAUUGAUACCUGUAGAAUACUCCUUACCAAUAUGUGUCGGACAAUGACCAUGUCUUCGGUACGAAGUGUCCAUAUAUGCUAAUGCUAUAUCUCAACAAACAAUACAAUUUAUAAUGUAAUGGUGUGUGUAAUAACUAUAACAUAUAUAAAAACCACAUAUUUUUUCAA